AUCGACGUGCGUAUGGUAAACUUGACUCGUUGCCAUUUCUAUAGUGAGUUUUGAAGUGUUGUACUGGGAAUAUAAUUUGGCGGGAAUUCGCGUCAGGACACGUGCGAGAGGCUGAUAGAGCAGGGACAUCCAGACCCGAGCCAAACAACCAAAAGAAGUUUGAGAACCAAAAUCUCGUACCUGCGCUCUCAAAAACACAGCCAUGGGUGUCUUAGGGAUUGCUAUGUCAACGGCUGCUUCCCAGUUGCUUGGUUUUGCCUGGUAUGGACCUCUCUUUGGUUCGAUGUGGUGCAGGAAUAGCGGAAGAAGACGAGAAGACAUUGAACGAUCUAGUAAAAGCAAAUGGAUCAUGGUCGUUCCUUUGCUUUCCAAGUUAGGAUCAUCGAUCAUUAUUGCACAUCUGCUUAAGGACCACAUAGGUGUCAAGACCGUAUACGAUGCCUGUAGGAAUGGUCUUGCCUUCUCGGCCGUCAUCGUCCUUUACAACGCCUCCCAUUCCCCUUUCCAGGGGGAGGGGCUUCCAGCCUAUUUGAUCAAUGCAGGGUAUGAUGCAAUCUGUACCGUCAUGACAGCCGCCUUGGUUACCCGUUAUUAAAAUGGGUUUCGAAAUUGAAACAAACUUCAAUAGCACAACCAGCAUCUAGAGAAGUUUUAGUUUUUCAAAUCCAAUCUUCGGGAAAUAUACUCUCAGAAACAAUAACCAUCUUAUCUUUUUUUGUUAAAUGAUGAAAUUUAAAUUAAGUAAUCCUUACAAUAUAAUCGACUACACCCCUCCUCCUUAAUUCAACCAUACGACAAUUAUCAGAAUUACUUGUGUUUUUUUUUUAUUAAAAAGUCUAGGUAAUUUUUGUCCUUCAAACAUGAUGGAAAAAUAGAAACUCAGCCAUCUUCACAAUUCGUAAGCACAUCGCAAACAAGAUCGUACUCUAUAUUAAUCUAUAUUUCCCUUUUUACUAACAGAUUUUACAUCGUACAUUGAUAUGAAUUAAAUACAUCAAGGUCGAUCUUGUCUCUUGUCAAUUUUCUGUUGACUGAUUCUUCAACCUCACUUUGAUGUUUGCCUCCUCCCUCUGCUGAAUCGGAUUUAAAGAGUAACAGAGAGGGAGAGAGAGAGAGGGGAGUGGGUUGGAGAGAGAGAGAUAUGCAUGCAGAAGGCAUAGGAUGAAAUAUAUUAGACAAGGUGAAUCUUUUCUACAUUAUUAUUAAGAGAAAUAAGUUUGACACACCAAUCUUCUGAUCUGAAGAGUUCUCUCAUCUCAGAGAAGGCUUAAGUUGUGUUUAUACAAAAAAAGAGAGAUUUUCAUUCACCUUUACAAAAUAAACUUAUUUGGUUAUUGGAUUAAACUACAGAAAUAUUUUAUACUCCCACUUGUUUUUAGAUCACUGCUCACUUAAGGAUCCAUCUGACUUCCGAUUUUGGAGAGAAAAAAAAAUAGAGAUCACAUCAGCUUGCAUUUUAAUUUGCAUGUAGGCAUACAAUUUUAUUUUAUUCCAACACUAUAAGAAUAUUGAAAUCGAAAUUGUACUUCCCAUAAUAAAAUUACUUCCCUCUAACUUCCAUACCCAUUUAUAGCAAAUAUAAUCUGUUCCAAAAUCAGGUUGCACUAUAGUGGAGCAUCUGAGGCCCGUUUCAUGAAGAAUUUGCAACUGUUUUAACUUUGCCAUUAUGGCAACUACCAUGGAAACCUUGAUUCUGAUUGGCUGCUGAGCCCCGUUGCCAUGGUAGUUGCCAUUAUGGCAAAGUUACAACAGUUGCAAGUCCUUUAUGAAACAGACCCCUGGUGGCUUAUUUUUAAAGAAAGACCACGUCAAAAUAUUAAAUGCAAAGAAUACUCCAAAUUUAGUUUUACACCCAUCAAUCAUACACAAUAAGAAUCGGCUUGGAUAUCAGAAUUCAUGAUUUUGGUCCCAAUUUCCACAAAGUAAUCAUGCUAUGGGAUACUCUUAAACAUUUUGCAAGGCAUUUUUUUUUUCAAUUAAAAUUACUCUGAAAUAUCAAUGUAAAAAUAUUUAAAAUAUAAAACAAAAUUUUAUAGGUGUACAAAUAACAGAUUCUAUCAAUGUUACAAAUAAUGCGUUGAGGUAUUCCCUGAUAAUAGAAAUCAAUGAAAAUAACAGCUAUGAUGAUAAUGGUAAUAUUGAUGUUGAUUAUCAUUUAUGAAAAUUCUUUAGAAACACAACACGACCCCUAAUAUCUGUCUUGAUGCCUGGGUAAAGAAAUUACAAUGAGAUUCUGCAUGUUCUGAACAUUUGUUAUCAUAAUUAAUUUAUUAUCACAAUAAAUGCC